UCCUGAAAAAAGACAUCUCUACAUAGACAAGAAUUAAUAAUUAAACACAUAAUAAUUAUAUGAAGUCCGUAAACCUCGAGUUUACACCUAAAAUUUGCUUUCGACAAAUCUCUUCGACAUGAGUGUUUCAGGUAAUACUAAAAAUAUCUAAAUAUAAAAUCAAGAUUGUCAUAUCUGUGAUAUCACAUAAAAAUAUCAUUCACUAUUUAUUAAAUAAAUUAUAAAAAUUUAAGUAUCAUAAUGACAAAUAAUUCAAGAUAUCUAGGAUAUCACAAUAAUAUAAAUAGAGAAUAUUUAACAGAUGGAGAUGAUAAUCAUCGUGCACCAUCAGAUCGUACAGUAUCUGAAUAUAUUGUGUCUACUGACCAUGCUACAAUGAUGAAAUCAAUGAAAAAAGAUCAUUCAGAUAAAUAUGAAAAAGAAGAAGGAAGACAAUCACGAAAUAUACACAAUAGUCGUGGUUCAAUAUUAUCUGGAUCUUCAAGACAUAGUCUUCAUCCUCUUAGUAAAAGUAUUUCACAUGGUAGCAUAUGUGACAAUGGUUCAGAUAUAUAUGUUACAAGUGCUGCAUAUAGGGCAACUUCAGAUAUAAGCCAUGUAUCGCAUCACAGUUUAACACCAAGUUCAAGAUUAGGACAUCGAGCACCCAGUCAUUGUAGUUACGGUUCUGCAAAAUCAGUAAAAUCUCACACAUCUAGAAAAGAUGGUAUUAUUAUAGAAACCAUGUCGACACCUAAUCCUUUUUGCCCAAAUACCAAAGGAGUUUGCUGUCUUAUGUUACUUCUUAAUCUUGGUUUAAUUCUUGUUGCAUUAGGCUUUGUUAUAGUGAUUCAAUUUUUUCAACCAUUAAUAGUUUGGAUUUUGGGAAUAGUUUUUCUUGUUUUCGGAUUCCUAACAUUGAUAGGAAGCCUCAUAUACUGCGUACAUGUAUUUCGAAAUGCUAAACAUCCACAUGAUAUCAAUCCAGAGGAUCUUUAUUGGACACGAUAUUGGCAAGGACAUGUAGGUUCAGCACCUGAAGUAUAUUACAAGGCAGAGGAUAAAUAUCAUGAUGAUGGAUACAGUGAUCGUUUGAGCAAGUAUUCACAUAAAUAUUAUGAUCGGCAAAGAUAUUAAAGA